CGCCGAACUUCGUGCAGUGGAGAAACGCUAAGGGCUUUUGCAAAAGACUGGCUUCCUUUGAACUCAGGAGGUGAGAAAACGAAAGGUUAUUAGGUUCCUGCAAGUUAUUUGGGGCCCGGUCAAGAUUUCAAGCUAAACAUGGUGGCGAUGAGUAGCCUGAGGGUCAUUCUUCAAGCCUCUCCAUGCAAGUCACUGUGGAGAAGAUUGCAGACCGCCAGGUUCGUGCCAGCGAGGCCCUGCAGCCUCUACACCUGCACGUACAAAAGCCGGAACCGAGCCUUGCACCCGCUCUGGGAGACCGUGGACCUGGUCCCGGGGGGCGAGCGCCAGUCGCCCAUCAACAUCCGGUGGAGGGACAGCGUCUAUGAUCCUGGCUUAAAACCGCUCACCAUCUCUUACGACCCCACCACCUGCCUCCAUGUCUGGAAUAACGGGUACUCUUUCCUCGUGGAAUUUGAAGAUUCUGCAGAUAAAUCAGUGAUCGAGGGAGGACCCCUGGAGCACAACUGCCGAUUGAAGCAAUUCCAUUUUCACUGGGGUGCCGUCGACGCCUGGGGCUCCGAGCACACCGUGGACAGCAAAUGUUACCCGGCAGAGCUGCAUUUGGUACAUUGGAAUGCAGCCAAAUUUGAAAACUUUGAGGAUGCAGCAUUGGAAGAACAUGGUUUGGCUGUGAUCGGAGUAUUUUUAAAGCUAGGCAAACAUCACAAAGAGCUACAGAAAUUGGUGGAUGCUUUGCCAUUGAUCAAGCAUAAGGACACCCUUGUGGAAUUUGGGUCGUUUGAUCCUUCCUGCCUGAUGCCUGCCUGCCCAGAUUACUGGACCUACUCGGGAUCCCUGACUACCCCGCCACUCUCCGAGUCCGUCACCUGGAUCAUUAAGAAGCAGCCCAUAGAGGUUGAUCAUGAUCAGCUUGAACAGUUUCGGACCCUGCUUUUCACUUCAGAGGGGGAGAAAGAGAAAAGAAUGGUGGACAAUUUCCGCCCCCUUCAGCCGCUAAUGAAUCGCACUGUCCGCUCUUCCUUCCAUCAUGAUUAUGUACUGAAUAUACAAGCGAAACCCCAGCCUUCAACUAGCCAAGUGACCCCCUAAGGUGCUCAUCUCUAGGCAGUACUUUGCUUUAAUAAAUACUAGCUUUUUAAAAAUUGCUAACUGGACUAUUCUAAACACCUGCAUUUAAUAAUGAUUAUAGAUAAUGCAUUUCUUGGUGUGGCAGUGCUUCGUCAGUCUUUGAGGAAAGCUCUUUGGUAAACGAGUUCUUAAUUUUAUUGAUAAUGACAUUUAAUGCUGAAGUAGCAGCACAAGACGGGAGUUUCUCCUUACAGCAACCUGUUGGUAAUUGUAAUGUCUUUUUAUGUCUGAUAUUUCUGCGCUGCCUUUUUAUGUUUAUUAGUAGCUCUGUAGAGUUAUAAGUACGGAUGGUAAUCAAAAUAUUUAACAACUAGAAAGGCACAGACACUGACCAUCCAGAAGGCAGGCCUUUCAGAAACAACCCUAGGGCCCAAACUGGUACUUCCUGGCUCGCUGAACAUUGGCCAUAGUUUUAGGUAUAUUUUAUUUUAAAACAUGAAUGUAUAUUCUUUUAUGAGGCCUUCUCAAUAUUUGCCCUGAUCUUCAGUUGUCAUUCCUAGUACAUGAUAUGCUUACUAUCAGUUUAUGGUAUAGAAAAAAUAUUUUGUAGUUCAAAGAAAACAAGAUUUUACUUACAACUAGGAAUCCUUUUGCACUUCUGAAGAUUAGAUAUAUUACUUCAGGACUUGAUCAUAUAGAAAGCAUAUGUGGGACAUUUUAAAGAAAAUGCCUGAAGUGCCUAGAAUUUAAAAUUUUUUCAUGACAUAUUUACAGAAAUCUUUUUCGAAAGACUAAUAUAACAGUCUAUAGUUUAUAGUGUUAUUUUGCAUUGUUUGUACACUGUUUCAUAAAAUAUAAUGUUUUCCACAAUGACAGAACUAUCUUGACUUCCCUUGAAAACUGAACUUUAUUUCAUUAGUUGAGGUUCUUUGCAAGGCAGGUGCUCAACAUAAACUUCCCAAUUUAUACAGUGGUUUAGAAGACUUUCGCUACAGUAAAAAGGAGAGAAACUUAACAGGCUAAAAAUCUAGAGAAUUCUACAUAUUCUGAGGAAUCCAUGCCAUUGUUGCCUUUGCUUGUGCAUAUCUUGGAAUGUUUCUAGUUGCCUAUAAGCCUGUGUUCAAACUCAUAUUGCAUUUACUAGUAGUAUUUCUUUCAUUAGUAUGCUAAUCAUCUGAUCUGCAAGGUAAGGUUGGAUGAGUAGACUUAACACUACUGAACUGUACACUGGAAAAGGUUAAGAUGGUAAAUUUUAUGUGUCUUUUACCACAAUUAAAAAUAAAUAAUACAUUCAGUAGGAAAAAAAUAAGGUUGGAGUUUUCUGUGUAAGUUUGGGGGGAUAUCUGCUCUUAAAAAAGGGAGGGGGCAAAGGCAUUUGCUUCUAAAAUACACGCCUUCUCUAGGAAGAAAAUGAAUAAAAUUCUUAAAAAGAUAAAUGUGGGGGGGGGAGUUUAUGUUAACUGUAUAUAAUUGAUCUGUUCAAACCAUAGUUACCUUUAUUUAAAAGGGUAAACACACAAGAUACACAUUUUCCAGAGCACAUGGGCUUCCCUCCCAGGCCUCUUGCAAACUCCUCAUGCAAAAUUCUCUUGCAGUGAGUCUUCCAAAUUGGAGUGAGAACCAACGUACCAAUGCCUGAUUUGCCCUUAAAUCUUAGAGCUACAAAGAUGUAUUUAUUGGGUGUGUCCUGGUUUGCCACUCGUGAUUCACCUGCACCUGGUGUUCUGGUGUGAUUAUUAACAGCAUCCUCUCACUCUCAACCAUGUCCUGGUUUGCAUGAUAAAUUCCUGGUCACCUUCUCCGUAGAGGUUAUGGAAACUGCCUUGGGGAGGUGUGGUUCCAUCUUAUCCAUAUGACCUCCAAAGGGGUGCUACAGAUCCUGGGGCUACUAUACACCCUAACAAGAAACUUUUUGUCUUUUGUGCCCCCAAAAGUGUUUUACUUGUACCUUCCUAAACUUGAAGGGGGAAAAUGGGCUUGAGGUCUGUCAGAGGGCUUGAGAAAGAAUUUUGUAUUAACAUUGCUGCUCAUCUUCAUUAAAUAUUAUAAUAAAACAUUUUCUUUACAAUA